GGUGGUGGUGGUGGUGGUGGUGGUGGUGGUGGUGGUGGUGGUGGUGGUGGUGGUGGUGGUGGUGGUGGUGGUAAAGCAACUUCCGUGUCCUCUUGA